GCUAGUUUGAUUUGGUCGUCCAUUAAACGGCAAUGUUGGCGCCUAGGGUCAAGCUAACGGGACUUUUAAAUAUGAAAAUAUGUUCAUUGGUGAUCCUUUUAGGCAUUGUAACGACAUGCCAAGCUAGUGCGCUACCAAAAAAACUAGGGACUAACUAUCAUGAAAUUGAAGGAGAUAUAAUAUUAUUGAGAAAUAGUCUGCCUAGUGAUUCUAUCGAAGAAAACCUAAGUAGUGAAUAUGACUCAUUUGAAGAAAAAGAUUUCAUCAUUCAGCUCGAUCCAGCACAGAGUACAAAUCCAUUCACGCAAGGCAACAGUGUCUCUAGAAAUGGACUGGAUAGUAGCAACUCUAUCAGUUACGUUCAUGGUCGCGGCAAGGCUUUGGGAUACGCCCCGAGUAGUAAUGUUUAUGGAUUGCCAUUGGGUCAAGGGAGAAGUAAAACAGUAAGUUUUGUAAAUGGUGGAAGAGACGCUUUGGCAUACGCCCAAAGUAGCAGUGUCUAUGGAUCAUCAUUAGGUCAGGGAAGGAGCAACUUGGGUAGUGGAACUGCUGGUAGUAUUCACGGUGUUGGCAGUGCUGUGGGCAACGCCCAAAGUAGCAGUACUUCUGGAUUACCAUUGGGUCAGGAGGGUAGCAAAACUGUCAGCUAUAUCAGUGGAGGAGGUGAUAGUUUGGGAUACGCCCAAACCAGCAAUAUUAAUGAAAACGACUUGGACAGUAGCAAUUCGGUCAGUAGCGCAAGCGGUGGAGGUAACACUUUAAGUUAUGCCCAAGGCAGCAAUGACUAUGUCGAUGGUGUCGGCAGUAGCAAUUCCCUCAGUUUUGUCCACGGUGGAGGCAACGCUUUGGGAUAUAGUCAAGAUAGCAGUUCCAGUGGAUCAUCAGGGGGCCAGCCAACCACAACUAGCAAUCCGGCCAGUUUUGUAAGUAGUGGAAGUGACGCUAUAAGUUAUGCCCAAGAUAGCAGUGUCAAUAAUGAUGGUGCCGGGAGUAGCAAUUCGCUCAGUUUUGUCAAUGGUGGAAGCAAUGCUUUGGGAUAUGCUCAAGGCAGCAGUUCCAGUGGAUCAUCAGGGGGUCAGGAGAGUAGCAAUUCGGCCAGUUUUGUAAGUGAUGGAAGUAACACUUUGAGUUACUCCCAAAGUAGCAGUAUUUCUGGAUUAACGUUGGGCCAGGAAGGUAGCAAAACUGCCAGCUAUGUCAGUGGAGGAAGUGAUAGUUUAGGAUACGCCCAAGCCAGCAAUAUUAAUAAAAACGACUUCGACAGUAGCAGUUCGGCCAGUUAUGUCAGUGGUGGAGGUGAUGCUUUGGGUUAUGCUCAAGGCAGCAAUGUCAAUGGCAAUGGUGUCGGGAGCAGCAAUUCCCUCAGUUUUGUAAACGGCGGAGGCAAUGCUUUAGGAUAUGUUCAAGGUAGCAGUUCCAGUGGAUCAUCAGGAGGCCAGGAGACUAGCAAAGCUGUCAGCUAUGUUAGUGAAGGAAGUAACAAUUUAGGAUAUGCCCAAGGCAGCAAUAUUAUUGAAAAUGACUUAAACAGUAGAAACUCUGUCAGUUUUGCAAGUGCCGGAGGCAACGCUUUAAGUUUUGCCCAAAGUAGCAAUUUUAAUGGUGAUGGAGCUGGGAGUAGCAAUUCUCUCAGUUUUGUCAAUGGUGGAGGCAACGCUUUGGGAUAUGCUCAAGCUAGUAGUUCCAGUGGAUCAUCAGGGGGCCAGCAAAGUAGUAAUUCCGUCAGUUUUGCAAGUGGUGGAGGUGACGCUUUAAGUUUUGCCCAAGGAAGCAACGUCAAUGGCGACGGUGCCGGGAGUAGCAAUUCACUCAGUUUUGCCCAUGGUGGAGGCAAUGCUUUGGGAUAUGCUCAAGGUUCCAGUGGAUCAUCAGGAAGCCAGGCGAGUAGCAAUUCUGCCAGUUUUGUAAGCGGUGGAGGUGACGCUUUAAGUAUUGGCCAAGCUAGCAAUGGUGAUGGUGCCGGAGGUAGCAAGUCUCUCAGUUAUGUCCAUGGUGGAGGCAAUGCUUUGGGAUAUGCUCAAGGUAGCAGUUCCAGUGGAUCAUCAGGAGGCCAGGAGAGUAGCAAUUCGGCCAGUUUUGUAAGCGGUGGAGGUCACGCUUUAAGUAUUGCCCAAGCUAGCAAUGGUCAAACUUUAAACGACGUGUUUCGAGGGCCAGCCUCGCCACAAGCUCAUAGUUCGGGUAAAAAAGGUAAAUUAUAUGGUUGGGGGAAUAGCGGUAGUCAUGCAAAUGCUGUCUCUAACCUCAAUGGUUAUGGACACGGCGGCGCUCAUGCAGCUGCUGACAGUAUUGUGGAUAGUUGGGGUCAUGGCAGCAGUCACGCAAACGCUGAAAGUUUCGCAGAUGAUUUGGGUUAUAGUAAAGGCUCUGCAACAGCCAACUCAAACGUUAAUGGUUGGGGUCAAGGUAGCAGUCAUGCAGGUGCUCAAACCAUCGGAUAUGAAAAUAAACUAAGUAAAAGCUAUGCAAAUGCUGGCUCAAGCAUUAAUGGUUUGAAUCAUGGUAGCAGUCUUGCAGUCGCCAAUAGCAAUGUAGGUGGUGGAGGAUAUGGCAACAGUCAUGCCGAUAGUCAUGCACAUUCUGGUGCUGAUGUUUCUGGAGGUGGUUCUGCCUAUAGUCAAGCAGAUGCUGAAAUGGAUACAUACAAUAACAUAGACACAAAUGCUUAUGCAAAUGCAUAUGCAGAUGCAGUUGCUCAUGCAAAUAGAUAUGUCAGUAGUCAAGGACAUGCAAAGGCUGAUGCUUUUGCAAAUGCUGCUGGGCAUACAAAUACCGAUGCUUAUGUGAAUGCAGCAGGGUACGGUAACAGUAAAGGAUAUGCAAACACUAACGCUUAUGCCAAUGCUGGUGGGCAUGCCAGCACUGGAGGAUAUGCAAAGGCUAAUGCUUAUGCAAAUGCUGCCGGAUAUGCUAACAGUGGAGGAUAUGCAAAAACUGACGCUUAUGUUAAUGCAGAUAGAUAUGCCAACAGUAAAGGAUAUGCAAAUGUUGACGCUUAUGCUAAAGUACCUGGGUACGCCAUCAGUGCAGCAUAUGCAAACGCUAACGCUUAUGCUAAUGCAGCUGGACAUGCCAACAGCGGAGGAUACGCAAAUGCUGAGGCUUAUGCUAAUGCAGAUAAAUAUGCCAGCAGUAAAGGAUGUACAACUGCUGAUGCUUAUGCUAAUGCAGCUGGGUAUGCCAACAGUGGAGGAUCGGCAAAUGCUAAUGCAGCUGGAUAUGCCAACAGUGGAGAAUAUGCAAACGCUGACGCUUAUGCUAAUGCAGCUGGGUAUGCCAACAAUGUAGGAUCGGCAAAUGCUGACGCUUAUGCUAAUGCUGCUGGGUAUGCCAAUAAUGGAGGAUCGGCAAAUGCUAAUGCAGCUGGGUAUGCCAACAGUGGAGGAUAUGCAAACGCUGACGCUUAUGCUAAUGCAGCUGGGUAUGCCAACAGUGGAGGAAAUGCAAACGCUAAUGCUUAUGCUAAUGCAGCUGAGUAUGCCAACAAUGGAGGUUCGGCAAAUGCUGACGCUUAUGCUAAUGCUGCUGGGUAUGCCAAUAAUGGAGGAUUAGCAAACGCUGACGCUUAUGCUAAUGCAGCUGGGUAUGUCAACAGUGGAGAAAAUGCAAACGCUAAUGCUUAUGCUAAUGCAGCUGAGUAUGCCAACAAUGGAGGAUCGGCAAAUGCUAAUGCUGCUGGGUAUGCCAACAGUGGAGGAUAUGCAAACGCUGACGCUUAUACUAAUGCCGCUGGGUAUGCCAACAGUGGAGGAUAUGCAAACGCUGACGCUUAUGCUAAUGCAGCUGGGUAUGUCAACAGUGGAGGAAAUGCAAACACUAAUGCUUAUGCUAAUGCAGCUGAGUAUGCCAACAAUGGAGGAUCGGCAAAUGCUGACGCUUAUGCUGAUGCUGCUGGGUAUGCCAAUAAUGGAGGAUUGGCAAAUGCUGACGCUUAUGCAAAUGCAGCUGAGUAUGCCAACAAUGGAGGAUCGGCAAAUGCUGACGCUUAUGCAAAUGCAGCUGGGUAUGCCAACAGUGGAGGAUCGGCAAAUGCUGACGCUUAUGCUAAUGCAGCUGGGCAUGCCAAUAAUGGAGGAUCGGCAAAUGCUGACCCUUAUGCAAAUGCAGCUGGGUAUGCCAACAACGGAGGAUCGGCAAAUGCUGACGCUUAUGCUAAUGCAGCUGGGUAUGCCAACAGUGGAGGAAAUGCAAACGCUGCUGGGUAUGCCAACAGUUUAGGAUAUGCAAAUGCUGACGCUUAUGCUAAUUCAGCUGGGUAUGGCAACAGUGGAGGAUCGGCAAAUGCUGACGCUUAUGCUAAUGCAGCUGGGUAUGGCAACAGUGGAGGGUAUGCAAACGCUGACGCCUAUGCUAAUGCAGUCGACUAUACCAGUAGGGGAGCAUAUACAAACGCUGAUCGUUUCGCUCACGAAGACAAUUUCCCUUGCAAAAAGUCUAGAUGUGGUCAAAGACAUCCGUUUGGUGCGCACACAAAGGCACCCACAAAAGUAGUUACAAUUGCCAAUUCAAACGCAUUGGCAAACGCUAAUGCAAAUGCAUAUACAAGUUCAAAAGCAAAGGCGAACGUGAAGUCAUCUGCACAUGCCAUCGCCAACUCAUAUGCAAACGCUCAAAGCGCUCUCCCCGUCCUUAGUUUGGCUGCUCGUCAUUGGGGCCUAUAAUUGGACACUCUCUUGUCUAAUAUUAACAAAAACACUUGAGAUGCUUCUCAAGCUAUAACAGUGACUUACGUCUGAUUAAAAUGUGCAUAAUUAGACACGUGAUUGCAAUAUGGGGCAUGAAAGUCGUAAUAGUAUUAGUUUAUCAGGCAAAUAUCGUGAGUUACUUACUCUUCAUAAAACGGUUGUGUUAUGGCAUCAUUUUCAUGACAGUAAACAUUGUAUAUUUUUGGAGAUAUCCGUGAAAGUCCUUAUAGUAUAUUUUUUUUACUAUACAAUAAAAUAUACAUAUAAAAUAAAUAUAAGUCGCUCCUCGGUAAAACACUGGUAGUCAGCUGCAUCUGGUUAGACUGGAAGUCGACCCGUAGUUGGGAAAAGGUUCGGGAGAUGAUGGCAGAUGUAAUUUAUCAAUGUUAAAAGUCGUAUAAACUAAGUAGCAAAUUGUUAUGAAAAAAAACUAUUUUGAUAUUAUUAUUUUUUUCACAAAAUAUUUACAUUAAUUGUUUUUUUUAUAUUUAUUGGAUGAAAAUGCCUAUUAUAGUCGGUGAUUACUUUUUUUAGACGUUUUUAUUUAUUUGCUUGAUGAUUUGAUGCCUGGCCUUUUGGCUAUGUAAGAAAGAGUGAUAAAUGGUUCUGUUUAUAUUUUAUAUAGGUAUAUAAAAAUAUUUUAAUGGUAAAUUGUAUUUUUUUGUAUUGUUUAUGGAAAUAACGAAUAUAACAUAUACCUUUUGUAUUAAAAAAUAUUUUUUUUAAUUAUAAUCUGCAUUAUGUUAAGGUUAAUAAAACCUUGAAAUAAUGCCAUACCUUUUUUUAAUUCAUACCUACAUGUGUAUAAAUGAAACUUUAGAAAAAUGUGUAAGUUAUUAAAGUAAGUAAUGUAAAUAAACCAUAUAUUUUA